AGCAGAAAGUUUUCUAUCAGUUUUGGUCUCCGUUUUGUGACCCAGACGUCUCAGCAGCAGGUCCAACUCACUGAAAUCCAGAAGAUGGAAGAUUUGGACCUAAAGGAAGACAGAGCAGAACCUCCAGGAUCCGUCUGUCCCUCUAUGAGGAGUGACCGGUCCAAAGAUCACAAUCCAUACUUCAGUACUGAACCUGGACCCUCAGACAGGAAAGAUCAGAACCUCAGACUCAGAGCAGAACCUGCAGGAUCCGUCUGUCCCUCUAUGAGGAGUGACCGGUCCAAGGAUCACAAUCCAUACUUCAGUACUGAACCAGAACCAUCAGAAGGGAGGAAGAGGAGCAACGUUGGUGAGGAGGAACAGCCGUCCUGCUGUGCUUUGUGUCAGGAGGUUCUGGUGGAUCCGGUCUCUACCAGCUGUGGACACUGGUUCUGCAGACAAUGCAUCAGGUUCUACUGGGACCAGUCUACUCCAUCUGGACCCUCCUCCUGCCCCCAGUGUGGAGAAAGACCUAGAACAGGAGCUGGACUGCUGACAGCCAAUCAGAGCAGCUGUGCUCCAGAUGUUGGUCUGCAGGAGGUUCUAAAGGAACAUAAAAUCAGUCUGAGGAGGAGAUGUGAAUGUGUGACUGAAGGAAGUGAUGAAACAGGUAGUAGAACCCUCCUCAACAGGAUCUACACUGAUCUAGAGGGUCAGAGUGAAGAGGUUAAUACCCAACAUGAGGUGAAGCAGCUGGAGAGAGCUUCCAAGAUCCAGAAGCUCCAUGGCUCUCCAAUCAGGUGCCAUGACAUCUUUAAAUCCUUCUCUGACAAACAUGGAGCCAUCAGAGUGGUUCUGACCAAAGGCGUCGCUGGUGUUGGAAAAACCUUCUCAGUGCAGAAGUUCACUCUGGACUGGGCCGAGGGCUUGGAGAACCAGGAUGUCAGUGUGGUGGUUCUGCUGUCAUUCAGGGAGCUGAACCUGAUCAGAGAUGAGCAGCACAGUCUUCUCUCACUGCUCCAUGUUUUCCAUCCAACACUCCAGAAGCUCCCAGCAGAGCAGCUGGCUGUCUGCAAACUGCUCUUCAUCUUUGAUGGCUUGGAUGAAAGCAGACUUUCACUGGUCUUCAACACCAGGCAGUUGGUUUCUGACGUCACACAGAAGUCAUCAGUCAAUGUUCUGCUGACAAACCUCAUCAAGGGGAACCUGCUUCCCUCGGCUCUCAUCUGGAUAACUACCAGACCUGCAGCAGCCAAUCAGAUCCCUCCUUUAUUUGUUUCCAGGGUAACAGAAGUACGAGGCUUCACCGACGCCCAGAAGGAGGAGUACUUCAGGAGGAGGUUCAGUGAUGAAGAGCUGUCCAGCAGAAUCAUCUCCCACAUCCAGACCUCCAGGAGCCUCCACAUUAUGUGUGGAAUCCCAGUCUUCUGCUGGAUCACUGCUACGGUUCUGGAGAACAUGUUGACCUCAGAGCAGAGAGGAGAGCUGCCCAAGACCAUGACUGACAUGUACUCAUACUUCCUGCUGGUCCAGACAAAAAGGAAGAAGAACAAGUACCAUGGAGGACAUGAGACAAGUCCACAGGAGCUGAUGAAGGCUGACAGGGAAGUUCUUCUGAAGCUGGGGAGGCUGGCGUUUGAACAUCUGGAGAAAGGAAACAUCAUGUUCUACCAAGAAGACCUGGAGCAGUGUGGUCUGGAUGUCACAGAGGCCUCGGUGUACUCAGGAGUUUGUACAGAGUUCUUCAAAAGAGAGAGUGUGAUCUUCCAGAAACCAGUUUACUGCUUUGUUCAUCUGAGCAUCCAGGAGUUUCUGGCUGCAGUUUACAUGUUCCACUGUUUCACCACCAGGAAUACAGAGGUGGUGGAGAAGUUCUUGGGAGAAAAAUACAAUGAAACACCUCUGGAUGAUUUCAUGAACAGAGUUAUGUCUAAAUCCUUCAGCAGUAAAAAUGGCCACCUGGACCUGUUUGUUCGMUUCCUUCAUGGUCUCACUCUGGAGUCCAACCAGAGUCUGUUAGGAGGCCUGCUGGGUCAGACAGAGAUCAGUCCAGAAACCAUCCAGAGAAUCAUCAACAAUCUGAAGGAGAUGAACUCUGAUAGAAUCUCUCCUGACAGAAGCAUCAACAUCUUCCAUUGUCUGGUGGAGAUGAAUGACCUCUCAGUUUUUCAGGAGAUCCAACAGCUCCUGAAAUCAGGGAAUAAACUGUCAGAGAUCCAGUGUUCAGCUCUGGCCUUCAUGCUACAAAUGUCAGAGGUUCUGGAUGAGUUGGACCUGGAGAAGUACAACACAUCAGAAUCGGGGCGACAGAGACUGGUUCCAGCUGUGAGGAACUGCAGAAAGGCUCGACUUGGUGGCUGUAAACUCAGAGAGGCUGAAUGUGAAGUUGUGGCUUCAGCUCUGAAGUCCAACCAACAUCUGACUGAACUGGAAAUAAGUGAGAUCUACAUAGAUGGAAACAUUUCAGACUCUGAACUGAAUCCUGUGUUUGAGAUCCUGAAGAGUUCAGUCAGUAAAGUGAAGAUUCUGAGGUUGAUCGGCUGCAGUUUGUCAGAGAUCAGCUGUUCUUCUCUGGCCUCAGCUCUGAAGUCCAACCAACAUCUGACUGAACUGGACCUGAGAGGAAACAACCUGAAAGAUUCUGGAGUGAAGGAGCUCUGUGACUUUCUACCGGAUCCUGAAUGCAGAUUACCACGAUUAGAGUAA